CGAUUCAGCAUCUGUGCUCCUCUGCUUUCUAUUUCCGGUGAUAUCUGAUUCUGAUUACUAUUUCUUUCUCUUUUUACUAAUCAAGUUAGGCAAGUUAGGCAAGUUAGGCGCAGAACAUGGCUGCAAGUUUAGUUUCUAAAGUUUCUCGUGUGAGCCGUUCAUUGUUGGGGGGUCUUAGCAACAACUUUUCUGGCUUAUUGGACUCAUCACAACAGAUGGCAUGCAGUAAUUUCAUGUUUCAGCAACAAAGGACUUUCAUCCAAAUGAGGACAGUUCUCAAAGUUGUGGACAAUUCGGGUGCAAAGAAGGUGAUGUGCAUACAAGCUCUGAAGGGAAAGAAAGGGGCAAGAUUAGGGGACACAAUAAUAGCUUCAGUAAAGGAAGCAAUGCCAAAUGGAAAAGUGAAGAAAGGAAAGGUUGUGUAUGGAGUAGUCGUGCGUGCUGCAAUGCAGAGAGGCCGCUGUGAUGGUAGUGAGGUCAAAUUCGAUGACAACGCAGUAGUACUAGUUGAUAAGCAAGGUCAGCCGAUUGGAACCAGAGUGUUUGGGCCAGUUCCACAUGAGCUAAGGAAGAAAAAGCACGUCAAGAUCCUUACUCUGGCUGAGCAUAUUGCCUGAGGUAUUUGAUCUACUAUUUUCAGAAAGUAACAAUUGUUGAAAUUUCUGUGCUAGGGACCAUCUGUUAUAUUAUUGAGGUGCAGCUUUGAAGAAAGAAACAAAAUUUUGUAAUCUUUGUUGGAUUUCUUUUACCUUUAGAUGCUAAGCCAGUGAUCAAUUGGAAUUCACAUCUCUCAAUAGACUUGACCUAAUAUUAGUAUUGUGAUCCAUUUGUACAAAGGUUUCAAUUGGUAUUCUCAAGUUUCUCUUUUCUUAA